CGCCACGUCCCCUUUCCCCUUUUUUCUUCCCGUUGUAUACACAAAAGCUCUCGAUUCCAUCGCAGGCCCGGUCCUUCGUGGCUCCUUCGUGUCUGUUGCAGAGCUACUCUGUGCUGGCGGCGCUGGAUAGCAACCGUUGCUGCGCUCUUCUGCCCGUUUCAAUUUCGGGACAUUGUGUUUAUUUCUCUGCGGAGCAGGACGCCGGGGAGCAGCAAGGACACCACAAGAAAAAAAAAAGCCAAAUCUAUCCCAUUCUGCGAGUCCAAUUCCCCCAAGGGAAACUAUCCUGUGUCACUACGAAUCGAUGCGGGCGCGGUAAACAAACCAGUACGGAAUUGACCUCGACGGCGCAGUGCGCAUCACUUGCACUCCGGCUGCAAUGACCCGGCAGGCAAAGCCCUCGGCCGUCUACAAUGCCGCCCCAUUCCCGCGCAGGCACCAUAAGGAUUUAGACGUUGAGAAAGAAGCAUACUAUCGGGUCUCAGCUGAGUCGGAUACCGACGACGACACACCUACAGUUUCGGAUAGCUCCCACGUCACCGCGACGUCGCAACAGCCAAUGUUGGGUGGUCCGUCACUACGACGGGGCAGACUGGGCAUCGGCUUCUAUCGAGUGCCCCAUCGCAUUAUGAGAUGGAUGUGCCUCGCGCUGCUGUCUGCUCUGAUCCUCUUUAUUAUCACGCUUUUCCGGUUUAGUUUGCCCUCGCCUGUGGAAAAGGUAUCGCUGGAGUUGCCAAGACCUAAACCCAAACCGCCGCAGUGGGAGAGCUUCCCAUUCUUGAAGAGAUACCAUGGUGGAAUCAGGACCCUGGUGUCGCGGAAGGAGAACGUGCCCGAAUACCCGGGAGAUGGAUACGAUGGCGUGGAUGGCCAAAUCUUCGGCGAAGACGUCAAUGGAACGCUCUCAGCUCGGGAUCCCAAUGCAAUGAAGUCCAUAAGCUCCGAGUAUAAUCCUUACCCCGACUACAAGUCUGAGGCGUAUAUCAAGAAGUAUGGCGUCAAGCAGGACUGCUUUCUGGACGAAGAAGGUACGAUUCGUGUGCCAUAUGUCCAUUACUACAAUGGUGUCCCCCGUGGGUUUCCCGAUGCGGUGAUGGGUUCCAACGAGAUGCUGGGAAUUGAGGAUAAUGUCUGCUUCGACCGCUUCGGCCGCCUGGGACCAUACGGUCUGGGUUACGGAGUGAAAAGAGGAGGAAUUGGCGCUGGUCUGGAGGGCCACAGAGAGGGCGCGAGCCGUGUCUGGGAGGACUACCCACCGGUUGAUUUCCGGGGAAUGGACUGGGCUGCGGCUCAGAAUCGAUGCGUUGCUGCCAACAAUCACCGUUUCAAGGAACUGCCCCCGCCUCGGACCGAUCGCUUUCUCUCCAUGCAGGUCGGUGUACCUGCCCUGCCAACCGAACCAGAAGGCAAGACACAGGCCGCGAAGAAAGGAACCGACCGUCUACCGCGGACUGCAGUGCUCAUUCGAACCUGGUGGGACUUCAAGUAUACCCCGGAGGAUAUCCUAUACCUGCGAUCCUUGAUUUCUGAGCUUACGCUGCAGUCGGGAGGAGAGUAUGUUGUCCACUUCCUUGUCCAUGUGAAGGAUGAUAAUAUGCAGAUAUGGUCUGAUGACGAGACCUAUCAGCGCGUUCUUGACAGAGCGCUUCCCGAGGAGUUUCGCGGUAUGGGAGUGCUCUGGUCUGAACGACAGAUGGGCUUGAUGUACGGUGGGCUGGAAGAAUCAUUCAUGCGCGGCCUACCUGUACAUGGGGUCUACCGGAGCACCUUCAUGCCGGUUCAAUACUUUGCUUAUCAGCACCCUGAAUACGACUAUUAUUGGAAUUGGGAAAUGGACGUACGAUACACGGGACACUGGUAUCAUUUCUUCGACAAGGUCGCGAACUGGGCCAAGGAGCAACCAAGAAAGGGACUGUGGGAGCGCAACGCGCGCUUCUAUGUUCCCUCGGUGCAUGGGCCAUGGGAGGACUUCAGACAGAUGGUCCGCGUUCAGACUGAGCACGGCACCAACAGCCCCAAUAACAUGUGGAGCGCCUUGAAAGAAGACAAGGACCAGGGCGUGAAGGCUAUCGAACAGAGAGGCGACAAGCCUAUCUGGGGACCGGAGAGACCAGCCGAAAGAGAUGUCAUGGAAGUUGAAGGGGAGGGUAUCCCACCGACUACUUACGAAAAGGAUAGGUAUGAAUGGGGUGUCGGCGAGGACGCCGAUUUGAUUGUCUUCAACCCAUUGUACGAUCCGGAAGGUACCACUUGGCUUCUGAGAGACGAUGUGACUGGCUAUGACACUUCGAACGGGAUGCCGCCACGCCGCACCGCUAUCAUCACUGCCUCUCGUCUCUCUCGUAAGCUCUUGUUGACGAUGCACCGCGAAACCAGCUUGAAGCGGCACACCAUGUUUUCUGAGAUGUGGCCCGCCAGCACUUGCCUCCAACACGGCUUCAAAGCCGUGUAUGUGCCACACUCCGUCUAUAUUGACCGCCGCUGGCCAACGCGAUACUUGGAUUCCGUCUUCAAUGCCGGCCGCAAUGGUGCCUCCGGUGGUGCGCGAACGGCUGUCUUUGGUGACCGGGAGCACAAUUUCCGCGGUACCACCUGGUUCUAUUCUGCCGGCUUCUCGCCCAACCUUUGGAGACGGUGGCUGGGUUACCGGGUGGAUAAUGACGGCGGUGAGCAGGAAGAACUUGCGGGCGAGGGACGAAUGUGCCUCCCGCCGAUGCUGCUGCAUCCUGUCAAGAACGUCGAUAUGGUGAUCGAUGACUGGGGCCAGGACGGCACCUAGGAUGAUAUAGAAGGUUGACGCUGCUUUCUAUUCUCAUUUAUGUUCUGACAUCUUUCGUUGCAUCGCAUAGCUUAGUGUCACAUCUUUUGGUAUCUUUUUUUUGUAUAUGACAGCUGG